AUGGUCCUCGUUCUGAUCAAACAAAAGCUCUUCCCAAACGCUCGAAGCAACUCGAGCCAAAGUGCCGCCAAAGCUCUCCUGUCCGAACCACCAGCCCACGACGACCUCCCCGAGCUCGAAGCCCAGCGAUCCUAUCACACCUUUCGCGACGACUAUGGGCAUAGCUCCGAUGUCGAAACGGCCAGUAGUCGCAGUUCGCGAUCGAGGAUCAACCCGCGCAUUAUCUCCGAUGCGAUUCUGGGCUUGUCGGAUGGAUUGACGGUGCCGUUUGCAUUGAGCGCGGGUCUCUCCGCGCUGGGCGACACCAAGGUCGUCGUGUUGGGUGGAUUGGCCGAGCUGGCUGCGGGGGCGAUCUCUAUGGGGUUGGGGGGGUAUGUUGGGGCCAAGAGCGAACUCGAAUCCUACAACGCCACCGUCCGCGACACCCAAUCUCUCAUCGAGACCUUCCCCUCCGAAACAGCCACCAUAGUCCACGACAUAUUCGCCACGCACGGGAUAGCAGACGACAUAAUCGAUCAAAUCAUCAUCUCACUGCGCGCAUCACCUGAGCGGCAUCUCGACUUCCUACUCGACUUCCACCACAAGGAAGCGCGGCCGGACUGCAACCAGGCGUGGAUGUCGGCGAUCACGCUCGCCGUGGGGUACUUCGUGGGCGGGUUCAUCCCGCUGAUUCCGUACUUUGUUGCCGAUGCGGUGAUCGUGGCGCUGUAUUGGAGUAUUGCGGUGAUGGGGGUCACGUUGUUGGCGUUUGGGUACGUUAAGACUGGGGUGGUGAGGGGGUGGACGGGGGUGGAUAAUGUUGUUGCUGCUGUUAAGGGUGGGGUGCAGAUGUGCUGUGUGGGUGGUGUUGCGGCUGGGGCGGCCAUUGGGCUGGUUAGGGUUAUUAAUGGGGGAGGUGCUUGA